AUGUCAUCUGCAGAUCCACUCAAACAGUUCCAAGAUACCGUAAAACGCUCCCGCUACACUUACCGCCAGUUCCAACUGCUACGUCAAGGCUCAACGACCUCUCCUCUCCGCGCUAUAGCACACAUCGACCUCGAUGCCUUCUACGCACAAUGUGAGAUGGUGCGGCUGGGAUCGCCUCGAGAUGCGCCCCUCGCAGUGCGUCAGUGGGAUUCGUUGAUUGCGGUCAACUACGCCGCCCGGUCUUAUGGAAUCACCAGAAUGGUGAAUUGUGCCGAAGCUCGCAAAUUGUGUCCGCAUAUCAUUCUGCAGCAUGUGGCAACAUUCAGAGAAGGGGAAGGCGGCCGGUGGGCGUAUCGUGAUGAUUCAUUCAGAAACAUCAUGACCGACAAGGUUUCUCUGGACCCGUACAGAGCUGAAUCGCGAAAGAUUAUCCAGACGAUGAAGGAGGAGUUGAAGCGGUGGUCCAUGAAUGACUCAGACGAGGAAAUCAAUCAUCUUACUCAAGGAAUAUCUGCUGGGCUGGAGAAAGCUGGUAUCGACGAAGUCUUUGUUGAUUUAUCUCCGCUGGUCUACCGUGUUCUACUGCAGAGAUACCCUGAACUCCGAACAAUCGCUGAUAAUGAGAACCGAGAUGCCGAGCUUCCUUGUCCACCCAGCACUGCCCUAGAAUGGGUACCUGAAGAUUUUCUGAUAGACCUAGUUCCAGAACGAGAAGAAGAUGAUCCCGACUGGGAUGAUAUUGUCAUGCUGGUAGCGGCAGAGAUAGUCAGGUCAAUAAGGAAGUCAGUAUGGGAUAAACUCCACUACACCUGCUCUGCUGGUGUUGCUCGCAACAAAAUGAUGGCAAAGUUGGGAAGUGCCUGCAACAAACCAGACAAACAGACGGUGGUACGGACCCGAGCAAUCCAAAAAUUCCUGGGUGGCUACAAGUUCACCCAAAUCCGGAUGCUAGGAGGCAAACUGGGUGAUCAAAUCACUUCGUUAUUUGGGACUGAACAAGUCAGUGAUCUUCUCAAUGUGACCCUCGAGCAGCUACGUGCCAAACUCGAUGAUCACACAGCGACUUGGCUUUAUGGAAUUAUCAGGGGAGAAGACAGAAGCGAAAUCAACCCUCGAACGCAAAUCAAGUCCAUGCUCUCUGCCAAGUCCUUUCGUCCGAGUAUCAACUCGGUGAAUCAGGCAGAAAGGUGGCUACAGAUCUUUGCAGCCGAUAUACACGGUCGCCUAGUAGUGGAUGGCGUGCUUGAAAAUAGACGUCGCCCUAAGGUGAUCACUCUGCACCACCGGAUCGUGCAACACCAAGCUCGAUCUCGUUCAAUGCCCAUCCCUGCUUCGAAUUCAAUCGACGAAAAUUUAUUACAUGAACUUGCUCAAUCUUUACUUCGUCAGGUAGUGGCCGAUGGAAACGCGUGGCCCUGUUCCAACCUAUCACUCAGUGUUGGAAACUUUGAUGAUGGCGUAAGCAAAAAUCGGGCGAUUGAAGGAUUCUUACUCCGGGGCGACCAGGCAAAAUCCUUGAGCCAUGCGCCAAGGCUUCGUGAGACCGAUAGUGACGGUCCGGCUGAACAGCCAGAGAAAAAGAGGAAGACUAAUGAGGGCAUCAAGCGUUUCUUCUCACAACCACUUCAACCUGAUAUUUUGGAGGCACCGGGAGAGAGCCCACAGACACAGUCAGAAACAAAACCACAGUCAGAACAACAAACUGAAGCCUUGGCCAAUGACUUCGCUGGUGCCUUUGAAGAAUCGGACAAUGGUGCAUUACCCUAUUACACUUGCACCCGAUGCUCUAAAUCUAUACCCGAGCUAGACAUAGAAGAGCACGAUGAUUGGCAUUUUGCCAAAGACUUACAAAUUCAGGACCAACAAGAAGUUAGGUAUGCCCAACAGCAGCAGCAGCAGCAACGUGGGGUCAGCAACACCAGAGGAUCUAGUACUCGUGGCAGAGGGGGUCGGAGAGGUCGUGGUAAGCCAGAGAAAGGACAGAGGCGACUAGCAUUCCAAUAG